AUGAAAGGUGGCUUAAGCGUUAAGUCUGCGAUAGUAACAAUGGUAACGUCGAUGAUGGGAACUGGAAUUAAUUACAUGCCCUAUGCAUUUAAAAGUGUUGGAUAUGCCAGAGGGAUUCUUCUGAUAAACGGCGUUGGUAUAUUGACGUUUUUUUCUCUGUAUGCAAUUUCUAUUGCAGCAAAUAUGUCCAAGGACCCAAGUCCAACCUAUUCAUCGCUAUCAACACGAAUUUCAAAAUACCUCAAAAUUUUAGUAGAUUUAUCUAUAUUUAGUUCAUGUUUUGGUGUGAAUAUUGUCUUCUAUAGAUAUCUUACAGGGCUUAUCACAGUGAUGUUCCCAAUGAAUAGGUAUGUUGACCCUGAGGUGUGGAGGAAGAUAAUUGUUGGAGUCCUUGCUGUUCCCUUUCUUCUGUUAUCGCUAAAAAAGGAUUUAUCUAGCCUUAAGGUGACAUCUUAUAUAACUGUUGCUUCUGUAACCUACCUUGCAAUGUUGAUGGGAGGGUAUUACUUAUUCAUUGGGGAAAGAUGUGUGGAAGAGCCUGCCCGGAAAUUUGAAUCCCAGUUUUCGAGCGGUAUUUCCUGCUUUAUGCUUGCAUUGUCGUGCCAGGCAAAUAUGGUCAAGACAUACACGGAGCUGGAGCACAAAUCCCCAGGCAACAUCAUCAAGGUUGCAAUGGGGGCUUCAUUUCUUGGAACUCUCAUUUAUGGAAGUGUUGGGCUCUGUGGGUAUUUUGUAUUUGGGAAUACCAUAGAAAGUUCGAUAAUUGAUAUAUUAAUCAAUCCUAAAGCCGGAAUUAAUGUAUAUCUUAUGAAUAGCACCAUUGACAAGUAUGCUUUAUCUUCGAAGAUAGCUUGUAUUGGAGCAAUGCUUGUCCUGUUUGGGGCAUUUCCCGUUCAAAUGAACCCAUUGGCUGGGAUACCUCUCAGCUACUUCAUCCAAGAAGGACGAAACACAGACCUGAUAAGGAAAAAGGUGGUCUUUGUACUGAUGCUUAUGUUUUUAUUCCUGGGGAUGAUGGAAAAGCUUAAUAUUGAUACUGUAUUGCAAAUGGUAGGAGCCACUGCAAUCAACCUGGUAUCAUUUACUUAUCCUUCCAUUUACUACCUAUAUUUCAGAAAGAGGAUGGAUCUUAUGUCUAUCCUGUCUAUUGCCGUGAUUAUUGGCAGUAUAUUAUCGAUGAUUUACAUGUCAUAUAACAUAAUAUAUCCAUAA